AUGCCCACAGGGCUAAUCGACCCUAAAUUCUGUUGCUGUGCCGUACCACUCGUCAAUGCUGGUAUACACGCCAUUAUCAUGGAGCAGGCUGUGCUGGGUGUCGCGAUCGGUGUCACCGCAUUGACAUCACCAAAUGCCGUCGGAGUGGUCGUGCCAAACUUUGCAAAGGUCAUCUUUGCGAUACUUUGUCUUGUGGUGACUUUGAUCCAGCCAGUGGGGUUCAUCGGCGUCUUGAGAGAAAAAACAACAACGUUCAAGGUAUAUGCUUGGACGAAUUUCGUUGCAGUUCUCUCCGCUUUCAUUUGCGCCGCUGCUCUUAUUGCUGUCUCAGCAGUGAGACACGAGGAAGCCAUCGUGACCUGUCAGGUAGGCUCGGAUUGGCAUGCCAUCAAUUCAGCUCAAAACAGUACAUUGGCAGAACAGGGGGAAAUUCUCUGUUCGCCAUUCGCUUGGGCCGACAUUGGGAUCAUGGGAGGUCUUUGGGUGUUGCUGCUUCUCACACAGCUGUACUUCAUUUUCUACACCUACUCGUACUCCAAAUCCCAAGUCAAAGACCACAAACUCUAUCACUCGGUCUACUCUGAAAAUCCAGAAGCAUUCACCAUGUCUAUCCUCCGUUCGAGCAGGUAUAAUCUCGGCUCAGUGUAUAGUACAACGACGCGGGCGGUGCAAGAUGAUGCGUGGGAUGCUCGACCAAGCAUGGACUCGCCAGGUAUGGCCGGAGUGCAACCUGGAAGCUAUCAUGAUCGAUCCCAGAGUGGUGGCUACUACGAUCCGGCGGAGGAAGAAUUGGCAAAUUACCAUGGACAUCCUGAUCAAGGCCAAUACUAUGAUCAGGGGUCUUACGGGAAUGGGUAUCCACCACACCAGCAGAUGCCACAGGCUGGACCGAGCGCAAGUGCAGGGUAUGGUGGAGGUUACCCACCGCAGAAUGGUACCAUGGCAUUCCCUGAUCCUCACCAUAAUGAGGACCCCCAUCAACAAGCUGCGCCAGCGUACGGUGGUGGUGGCGGCGGGGCCGGCCAAGCGUAUCAUGAAUCAUCACAUGACGGUUACGACUUUAGUCGGACGCCACCAAGAGGUGGAGAAGGCGACUACUACCCUCACGAGCCGGAGGAAGCGAGGAGUCGAGAUCCCAGUGCGACACCGACGAUGACGGGAUACACCCACGGUCAGACUCCAGGUGUCUAUGGGGGUGAUGGAGGGUUACAGAGACCUCUAGGUGUUCAGAAUCAUCCUGGUAAGUGGUUGUGUCGCGCCCGCGAGUCGCGAGCUGAAUUCUCGUUCACAGCUGAGGGCAUGUUUGGUAGAAAAUCACCACGGAUAGGGUGA